UCUUUACUAUAUAUAGGAUGAUCCUAAGAUUCAAAGAUCAGUCUAAAUUCCUGCUUCAACGAUGCACCAUCACCAGAACCUCCCAGACGCCGCUACCUUAUCGGGAAUGCUCCCGCCAUACGAGGCUAUGGCCAUGUACGAACAGCCCAAGCCUCGCUUCAUCUUUAAGAUGCCCCGCGUGGUGCCCGACCAGCGCUCCAAGUUCGACAGUGACGAACUCUUCCGCCGCCUCAGCCGGGAGAGCGAGGUUCGUUACACGGGCUACCGUGAACGAGCUGCGGAGGAGCGCCGCAUGAGAUUCGUAAACGACUGCCGGAAGGGGUAUGCUGAGAUCUCCUUCGUGGCUUCCGGCACUAACCUACAGCUCUACUUCAACGCCAACCACAACCCAUAUACCCAGGACCAGGAGUGUGAUUUUGAGCGGGAACGCGGUAAGGUUCAUCUACGCUCGCACUUCAUCAUGAACGGGGUAUGCGUCCGUUUUCGAGGCUGGGUAGACCUAGAUCGAUUGGACGGAGUAGCCAAUCUAGAAUUUGAUGAGCCUCGAGCCCUGCAGGAGGAUGCCCAGCUUCGGGAGCACAUCGAAAGCUAUAACCAACGGAUGACCGACUCAAAGAGGAUGUACCAUGCUCCUCAGACACCGCCGGAGGACCACCAUGGCAGAGGCGGUCCUGGCAUAGGACCCGGUGGCCCAAUUGGAUGGUAGAGACUUGUUCAUAUUUUUAGACGCUAUUAUUAUGACGAUUGAUUUCAAAAAUCAUGUAGAUUUUGUAUUAAUU